GCCAUCUUGCUUCGCGGUCGAAUGACGCAGAUCUCGCCCGUCGACAGUCUUAAUUCUUGUAUGGCUUUACUCCGCGUCAAUUUUGUUCGCGUUUACCCUUGAGCUGGAAUACGAGCAGCUGUGGGCCAUCAUCACAUACGCGCUACGAUUGUACAAGCGUACACGUCGAGCCUCACGUUGAUGGACGCCAUGGAAACGAUUACAGAGGAAUCGAGGAACAGAGAUGGGAGAAUGAGUUCUCGUUGAUAAAUUCACUCGUAUUGCCUCGAAACGGCCAUACAGCCCACGGAGAUCAUCUGUUGAUGAAUUCGAAUUAUUCGACGAAAGCCGUUGUGUUCAUCGUGUUCCGUGUGAUCCUUCCAAGUUGUUUUGGAAAGCAAUCGCAAGCCGUGGAGAUUCCAGAAUGCCGUUCUUGUUCGUAAUCCUACUCUUGCCGACAGCUGCGGCCAUCAGUCAGGAAUGUCAGAAUUAUCUCAUGGGAGUCGCCUUCACUAACUCGCAAUUUCAAGUUUGUGCCCUCAUUAGAGCUAGGCCGUUUUCUGUUUGCACAAUGUGUCACAGGGACUUCGCAUCGGCCUACAAUACCUUCAUCGAGCUAAAAGAUGGUCGUGGACCCAUAGAGAAAAAUUGCAGUGAGGACUUGGUUUCGGGCGAUCGAAUUUCUAUCAUAAAUCGCGACUUCCGGCACUUGACUUCGACCUGGGAAGACGCCAAUUGUGAUUCCUGUCUUGUGAUGAAUAAGACCAAAGACGUCGUGUCUUUCAAAGUCUCGGAAUCAACGCAUAAGUUCCGACGGCUUUCGGCGCUCGUGGACGAGUGCAUAGAUUCUCAGCUUCAGAAUAAAUCGUUGAUUUGUGACGUGUGUUCUGAACAUUUCCGUAAUCUGUCCAGCUUCUAUGACAGCCUGAAUGAGAAAUCAGCCGGGAAUAUGUGUAUGGACAUCUUGGACACGAUGAAUCAGACUCGAGUCGAGUGGUCGACCUUCGGAUGCAGCAAGGUCUACCCAUUAGAUAUCGAGGUUUGGAUCUACGCUGCUAUGAUGGUCGUCCUCACCCUCACUUUCUAUUUGGUUGCACGAUUCUCUCAAAAUCCGAAAGAUGAAGCGAUCAUUGAAGGGAGAACCCUCAAGGACCGCAUGUCAAAGAUCUUCCAAGACGACGGGUCGAACCUCAGCGUGAAUUCUCAAGAUUCUUUGCGAGUUGUCACGGGUGAAGUGCGACAAUAGGUUCUAGUUUUGCUUCACGGAGAAAAAGACCAUUCCCCCGCUCUGAAUUCAGCGUCUGUUUACUUUCCGUAAAAAUCACUAUACCUGUAAAUAUUCAGGAGAAUUGAGCUCCCGAAGACGCAGACUCCUUUAGAGAGCUCGAAUUCGCUUCCACAUUGGUUCAUCAAUCGGAAGCUGUAGUGGUCUAUUCCUGCGUUAUCAAUCUUAUAAUUGUUCCGAAACAGCUUCCGAGGCUCUGUAGAAGUGGAUUUCAAAAACAUCGAAGGAGCACGUGUAGAUAUGAUGUCUCAGCCAAUUGUGACUGUUGCUGGCUGACAGUUUGGCUAUAUCGCUAGAAUGGAUGUGAAAACUUGUUACACUUUGUAUAGUCUAGAACGUGUAGUCGCACGGAAUGUUUUAUGCAGAUGUGAAGUGAAAUGAAGUCGAG